AACGAGGAAGAUCCUUCACCAUCUUCUUCCGUUCCGGUCCAAGGACUUGGUCCCGACGAGGAGGUAGGGAUUGAGGAGACUGAGGAGGAGGAGGAGGAGGGAGAGGAGGGCAAUAAAAGGAAGAGGAGGAAUCGUCGGAGGAGGAAUAGGAGGAGAGCGUCGUUUACGGUGGGGCAGCUGCAGGAGAUGGAGAGGCAGGCGCUGAUAUACAAGUACAUGGCGACGGGGGUGGCCGUCCCCAUCCACCUCAUCCUCCCCAUCUGGAAGAGCGUCGCCUCCUCCCCCGUCGGCCCCCACCGCUACCCUUCCCUGAUAGGACUGGGAAACCUGUGCUUGGAUUUCUGGAAUAACACGGAGCCCGAGCCGGGGCGGUGCCGUCGGACGGACGGCAAGAAGUGGCGGUGCUCGCGGGACGUCAUCCCCGACCAGAAGUACUGCGAGCGCCACAUGCACCGCGGCCGGAUCAAGAAGCCUCAUAUCACCGCUGCUGCAGCCGACCAAACCCCACCGGAAAACACCAUUGUCGCCGACAGUAAUCACCAAGCCUCCAUUUCAGAUCCUGCUGCUGCCAAUGUCGACUCCGGCGGCGGCGGCGGCGGCGGUGCGAGCAGCAGCAGCAGCAGUGACGCGUCGAGAUGACGCGUGUAACCGACCACGUUUAGGAGGAUUGAUGUAUGUCAUGUAGAAUUAAUCUAUCAUGUAGAAGAUAUCAUAUCUGAAGUAGUGUUAGAUGGUACGAAAAUUAAUUGUUAGCAGGGGAGGUAGGAGUGAUGUAGUAAUACUUUUAAUUGACCAACAAAGAGAGUGUGUAUUAAUCAAAACUCCAAUCCCAUCUAAUGCAAAUCUCAGGUCUUCAUUUAUUCUUUAUU